AUGUUUAAAUUUCAUCAAAUGAAACAUAUCUUUGAAUUAUUGGAUAAAAUGAGAUGCUUGCGAAAACGUUCUGCAGUGUCAUUUCUGGGAGUUCUUGUCAUUUUUCUUCUAUUUAUGAAUUUGUACAUCGAAGAUAGUUAUGUUCUGGAAGGCGAUAAACAACUUAUAAGGGAAACAUCCACUCAUCAGGUGAAUUCAGAACGCUAUGUACAUACAUUCAAAGAUUUAUCUAAUUUCUCAGGAGCCAUAAAUGUCACCUAUCGCUACCUAGCUGCCACCCCUUUACAAAGAAAGCGAUAUCUUACAAUUGGACUUUCAUCAGUAAAAAGAAAAAAAGGAAACUAUUUACUUGAGACAAUCAAGUCGAUUUUUGAGCAGUCCAGCUAUGAAGAACUGAAGGAAAUUUCAGUGGUGGUUCAUCUAGCAGACUUUAAUUCAUCCUGGCGUGAGACCAUGGUCCAGGAUAUUACACAGAAAUUUGCCCAUCACAUUAUUGCUGGAAGAUUAAUGGUUAUACAUGCUCCUGAGGAAUAUUACCCAAUCUUGGAUGGCCUUAAAAGAAACUACAAUGAUCCGGAAGAUAGAGUCAAAUUUCGUUCCAAGCAAAAUGUAGAUUAUGCUUUUUUGCUUAAUUUUUGUGCCAAUACUUCAGAUUAUUAUGUGAUGCUUGAAGAUGAUGUCCGAUGUUCAAAGAAUUUCUUAACUGCCAUCAAGAAAGUCAUUACAUCAUUAGAAGGAACUUACUGGGUAACUCUUGAAUUUUCUAAGCUUGGCUACAUUGGAAAGCUCUAUCAUUCUCAUGAUCUCCCACGUCUGGCACAUUUUUUAUUAAUGUUUUAUCAAGAAAUGCCUUGUGAUUGGCUAUUGACUCAUUUUCGGGGUCUGCUGGCUCAGAAAAACGUGAUCCGUUUUAAACCAUCGCUGUUUCAGCACAUGGGUUACUAUUCAUCAUAUAAAGGGACAGAAAACAAGUUGAAGGAUGAUGAUUUUGAAGAGGAGUCAUUUGACAUUCCUGAUAACCCUCCUGCAAGCCUAUACACCAACAUGAAUGUAUUUGAAAAUUAUGAAGCAAGCAAGGCUUACAGUAGCGUUGAUGAAUACUUCUGGGGAAAACCACCUUCAACAGGAGAUGUCUUUGUGAUUGUAUUUGAAAAUCCAAUUAUAAUCAGCAAAAUUAAAGUGACUACCGGAACAGAAGAUCGACAAAAUGACAUUUUGCAUCAUGGAGCCCUAGAUGUUGGAGAAAAAGUUAUACCUAGCAAAAAAGGGAUACAAUGUGUUACUUAUUUAAAACUAGGGGAAUUCAAAAAUGGAAACUUUGAAAUGUCAGAUGUGAAUCAAAAAGUUCCGUUUGAUAUUCAUUGUAUGAGGAUAUACGUUACCAAAACACAAAAAGAAUGGCUGAUCAUUCGGAGUAUUAGCAUUUGGACUUCUUAGCCAAUUAAAUCAAUAUGUUCUAUUACUGAAGCAGGUCUUCCUGUUUCCUUUUUUUGCUACCUUCCUCUUUUGCUACCUUUGUCUUUUGGAGGGAAAGCAAUGGGUGAAAUACGUAAAAAGAAAAGUUAAUCAUCUUGGCAGUUUUGAUUUAAACAUUGUCAACAUAAUUUUACUCUAACCCGCCCUUGUGUUUAUUUUAGCAUCUGAA